AUGAUCGGCGUGAACGAGGCGAGCAUUACGGCUGAGGUGGCGCCGUUUGGCGGCAUCAAGCAGAGUGGCCUGGGCCGGGAGCAGGGCACCAUCGGCAUGGAGGAGUUCCUGGAGGUCAAGUACGUCUGCAUGGGGCUGGGCUAUGCAUCAGAGUCAGAAGACGAGUGA